AGGAAGGUUGGCUGAGGCCCCACUUUAUUUCAUCUGAGUGGAGCUCGAACUUUUGCCAGCUGCAGCACUUUUUCCAGCACGCCCAACGUUUCUCACACACAAGCUGCCCCGCCGAGGCUCGACCGCCGGACAUGGACGUCUUCAAGCUGCUCUCGCGCUCCGCGAAACCCAGCGCAAAAGCAAGCGCGACCCAAAACCUGCCCUCUAGCGGCGCCGCAGCGAACCCGCAGCUGUUUGGGCACGACGGGCCGGCGUUCCAGGGCGCGAAGAACAAGAAGAGGAAGAGGGGGCAGGAUAAAGCGGGUGACGCCGAGGAGGACACCAGUAUUUAUGCUGCGUUGGACUUUUUCGGUGCGCCCAAGAGCACUGACGGCGAGGGCAAGAAGCGCAAGAAGCGAGCCGAGGCGGAGAAGGAUGAUGUAGAAGUCGUGGAUGGGGCUGGUGACUUCGCAACUGAGGUUCCCCCGGCAGGCGAGGCGUAUGAUGCGGCAGAGAGCAAGCACCUCCUGCGCUCGCACAAGCUCAAGAUCGCCGUCCUCGAGGACUUCGCCGCGCAGGACGCUCUGCAGGCGAAGGAACAGAAGAAGAAGGCCAAGAAGGAUAAAAAGGGCAGCAAGAAGCACAAGGAGGAAGAGCCGGCGGGCAAGAAGAAGGACAGCAAGAAGCCGCUCUACCCCCAGCCGCUCACCGACUUCGCCCAGCUGCGCACGCGCUACGCCAUCUCGCGACGACUUGCGGAGAACAUACAGGAGCAGGGCUACAAGCUGCCGACAGAGGUCCAGCUCGGUGCGCUGCCGCUGUUACUCGGCGGCAAGACGCAAGCUUCCUCUGACAGCGCGGCUGCGGAGAGCUCGGGCGCAGAGUACGGCGGCGACAUCGAUCUCCUGACCAUUGCGCCGACAGGGAGCGGCAAGACGAUUGCUUUUCUGAUACCCGUCAUCAACGCUCUGCUCAGGGAGGGGACGACGGACGGCGUAGAAGGCCCGCGGGCGAUUGUCGUCGCACCUACACGAGAGCUGGCCGCGCAGAUUGUCAACGAGGCGAGGAAGCUGGCCAAGGGCACGGGGAUCAAGGCCACGCUGAUGAGGAAGGGCAUGGAGGUUGUGGAGCGCGGCAGCCAGCCGUCGGCAGAAGCUGAGGCAGAUGCAUCUGGCGACGACGACAGCGCUUCUGACUCUGAUGCAGCAGGAGAAGCUCAGCAGAAGACGCCCGACCGCAGACGCGCUGAACGCGUCAAGGCCGCCAUCAUCGUCGCAACUCCUCUGGCGCUCCUCAACGCAUUGAAGCGGAGAGACGGCUCAGUGGCUGACCUCCCCAGCGUCCGCCACGUCGUUCUCGACGAGGCAGACGUGCUCCUGGACCCGCUCUUCCGCGAGCAGACUCUCGCUGUCUGGAACGCCUGCACAAACCCGCUUCUCCGCGUCGGCCUCUGGUCCGCCACCAUGGGCGCCUCCGUCGAGUCCCUCGCAACCUCCACGCUCAACACACGCUGGGAGACCCUCAAGUCCAGCUCCACCGACCUGCCCCCGCGCCCCCCUCUCAUCCGUCUUGUGGUCGGCCUCAAAGAUACCGCCAUCCCCAACAUCCACCACCAACUCACCUACGCCGCAACCGAGCAAGGCAAGCUCCUCGGCCUGCGCCAACUCCUCCACCCCACCGCCACAACCACCACCCCGACCCUCCGCCCCCCCUUCCUCGUCUUCACCCAAACCAUCCCCCGCGCCAUCGCCCUCCACUCAGAACUCCUCUACGACAUCCCCCCCGAAGCCGGCGGCUCCUCGCGCCUCGCCGUCCUGCACGCCGACCUGUCCCCCGCCGCCCGCGACGCCAUCAUGACGCGCUUCCGCCGCGGCGACCUGUGGGUGCUGAUCACCACGGACCUACUCGCGCGGGGGAUCGACUUCCGCGGCCUCAACGGCGUCGUCAACUUCGACGCGCCCUCGUCCGCAGCCGCAUACGUCCACCGCGUGGGCCGCACGGGGCGCGCGGGCCGUGCCGGCGGCGUCGCCGUCACGUUCUACACGCAAGACGACAUCCCGCACGUGCGGCUUAUUGCGAACGUGAUCCGCGCCAGCGAGGCGCUGCGCGGCGUCCCCGAGGGCGAAGGGAGUGUUAAGAAGUGGCUCCUGGAUGCGCUGCCGGUGCCGAGUAAGCGCGAUAAGGCGGCGUUGAAGAAGAGGGGUGUUGAGGGCAGGAGGAGUGGGUUGGGCGGGAAGGAGGGCAGGAAGGCGAGGAUUAGUACGAAGAGUGGGUUUGAGCGGCGGGUGGAGAAUAGGCGGAGGGGCGCAGUCGAGGGGAGUCGGCGGAGGACGAGGGCGGAGGCGGAGGCGGAUGCGGAAGCGCAGGAGGGGGGUGCGUCGGAGGGUGGUGAGGCGUAAGGCGACAUAGAUGUCCACGUGCUAGAAUCCCGAUCGUGGACGGUGGGAUUGUUAAUCAUGUCCUCCUGUUUCUUCCCUCCUCGUUUGCCCGUGCCUCGUGGCCGUGGGUGAGCUACAGGCCAAUUUAGAAUCAACUUCAUCUCCAACUCCAACUCUGACUCUGACUCCAACCCCAAUCCCAACCCCACUUCCACCAACUACCCCCAGUGACCAAGAACCAGCGAACCCUCCACACAAGAAAACGGGACCAGCGCCCUCAACGACGUUCAGCAACAUCGACGGCAAGGCAUCCGUCUAUCCUGCUACUCCAACACAGCAUAAGUGUUGCUGAUUAAGGGGGUUGGCGGGCGGAGG